UGUGUUACAAGAAGAUCAAGGAGCUGCUCGAGCGAACCGGCCGCGUUGAGAUGACGGCGGACUGCAACAUGAACCUGACCAACGGGAACAAGGCAGCGUGUAUGGACAAGACCCUGGACCUGUACCUGACGCCCCUCGCCCUCAGAGGCACAGUGAACGUCAGCUGGAACACCGUCUUCAUUAACGACGACGACAGGAUGCUGACGGGGUACUACAUCUUCUACAAGGUCGCCUACGAGGAGAACGUCACCUACUUGGAUGGUCGGGAUGCCUGCCAUGACGACUGGUCCAGGAAAUACGUGGAGAACAAAGUGUCAGACGGUUUCAUAACGCAAAUUAUCGAGGACUUGGAACCGGCGACGAAAUACGCCUUUUACGUCCAGACCGACACCGUGGUGGACGCGGCCAUCGGGGCUCGCUCCAACAUCAGCUACACCACGACUCUGCCGUAUAACCCAAGCAAGCCCCCGAAUGUCAAGGUGACAGACAAGACUGACAGGUCCAUGACAGUGAUGUGGAGCACCCCGAUGUCACCCAACGGAGAGAUCGAGCAGUACAUCGUGACUGUGAAACACCUCCCAUACCUGGACGACUCGGCACCUUCCUCUUGUUCCCAUGACGAAAAUGCAAUGAGACCGCCGAAACUGCCCAUUGAAGAGGUGAGUGGAGCCGCCUUGGUAUUUUUAAUUCUCGCUUUGCUGUUUCAGUGUAUGAAAAUUUAUGAAGUUUGUGUCGAACGCCUCGCCCCCCACGGAGGCCCCCAGCACCGAGUUCCCCCGCACCAAGUGGCAGGUGGGGGGGGCGGCCGCAGCAGGGGCGCAGCAGGGGGGGCAGCGGGGGGCGAGUGCUGCGCGUGUCCCGAGAGCAGGAGGGAGGAGCGCCAGCAGGAGAUCGACUUCGAGGACGAGCUCUAUGGCCUGCUGCUUAACACAUCAGACUUGGAUCCAGCAAUUUAUCAAGACCUCAUCAACAUAUCGAAUUCCUCGCCACUUGCCAAGGAGCCUCUGAAUCCGCCAGGCGACUGUGAAUUCGUCGAGGACUCGCCCUACUGCAGCGACCCCAGCCAGUGCCUUCCUCACGGGGCGGCGCGCUGCUGGCGGGAUGCCACGCGCCUCCUGCGAGGUGAAGGGGGGGCGAUUGUGAAGAACACUUCGGAGCUGAGUUUGACCAUCACGGGGCUGCAUCACUUCACCAUAUAUGAGAUUAAGGUCGUCGCAUGCCAUCGCCCGACCACCGACUGCCCGCAAGGAUCCAACAUGAAGGAGUGUGUGCUGUGUUCUCUCAACCCAAGCUUAUUACGGACACCACGGACGCCAAAGGCGCGAUACCUGGUGACGGGGCUCAAGGAAAUCAACACGAGCAGAGACAGCAUCAAGAGCUUCACGUGGACGAGACCAGCUGAGCCACGGGAAGGUGGUGUGGCCUACAAAGUCAAGAUUCCUGCCGAUGGAAAAACUUUAGGACAUAUUAAAACCCCCGGUUAG